AUGGCUGAAGAGUCUCCCAAGACCUACCACGGCAAUUGCCACUGCGGUGCCUUUAUCUUUGAGCUGACGUCGCCCGAGAUCAAGACCGUCUUUGAGUGCAAUUGCAGCAUCUGCUCUAAGAAGGGUUAUGCCUGGUUGUUCCCUGGUGCCGACAAUUUCAAGCCUGUGAAGGGCGAUGUCAAGGACUUGACCGAGUACACUUUCAAUGACGGCAACUACAUCCACAGGUUCUGCGCUACCUGUGGGACCCCCGUCAUGGCAUUUAGCAAGAUCUUUCCUCCUGAGAAGAACACCGCUGUUAAUGCGCGUGCUAUUCAGGAUUUGGAUCUAUGGUCCUUGGGAUCUCAUGGAUUUGAUGGAGCAGCGCUGGACCCGAAAUACAAGCCUCCAGCAUAUACGGGCCCAGAACCAAGCGCAGAAAUUGACGGUGCGAAAACCUAUCACGGAAGUUGCCACUGUGGUGAUGUCAAGGUUGCUGUUAAAGUCAAACCUCUGGAUACCUGGCGCCGAGAAGUUGAGGAGGAGAGAGUCAUUGAUUGCAAUUGCAGCAUCUGCCAGAGGGGUGCGUAUGUCUGGAUUUAUCCUUCGAAGGAACAGGUUGCUAUCGAAGGAGAGGAGAACAUGACAAACUACUCCUUCGCCAAUAAGAUUGGCCGAAAGGGGUUCUGCAAGAAAUGCGGCGUGCACAUUGUGAACGACGUGAACAUGCCGCCCGAUGGACAGGAGAUUGAGCCGUGGCGCGAACGCUUCAUGAAAGUCCGGCCAAUCACCUUGAGAAUUCUCAACGACUUUGACUACAAAGUCCUCCAGGAUCGGACACGCAAGGAGGACGGCUGGAAGGAUCUCGAGCCGCAAUAUGUCAAUCCUUGA